CAUGAGGCAAAGUAAAGUACUCCAUUAGACAAGUACGUGCAAUCGCAUAAAGCCGUUGAUUUUGGCGGGUUCGAAUCUCUCUUCCUUCACUUGUAGAAUUUCUCUCUCUUCUCUUCUGGAUCUGCGGUGACACCAUGGCAACUUCCAACGGCUCCGACGACAGAACCACUCCAUCCGAAUCGGCGUUAAUCUUUCUCGGAACAGGCUGCUCCAGCAUGGUUCCCAAUGUAAUGUGCCUCAUCAAUCCCUCUGAUCCUCCGUGUUCCGUUUGCGCUCAGUCAUUAUCUAUUCCGCCUGAGAAAAACCCUAAUUACAGAUGCAAUACAUCUCUGUUAAUUGAUUAUUGUGAAAGUAAUGGCGGUCACAAGUAUAUAUUGAUUGAUGUUGGUAAGACCUUUAGGGAGACGGUGCUUAGAUGGUUUGUUCCUCAUCGGAUUCCAAGAAUCGAUUCUAUUAUUUUGACUCAUGAACACGCAGAUGCAGUCCUUGGAUUGGAUGAUAUACGUGCUGUGCAGCCUUUUAGUCCAAUAAAUGAUAUUGAUCCCACCCCCAUCUACCUGAGCCAGCAUUCGAUGGAUAGCAUAGAAGAGAAGUUCCCUUAUUUGGUUCAGAAAAAACGCAAGGAAGGACAAGAAAUACGAAGGGUAGCUCAGAUUGCCUGGAACAUUAUUACUGAUGACUGCAAUCAACCAUUUUUUGCAUCGGGAUUAAAGUUCACUCCUUUACCAGUAAUGCAUGGAGAGGAUUACAUCUGUUUGGGAUUUCUUUUUGGUGAGAAAAGUAGAGUGGCUUAUAUAUCUGAUGUUUCACGGAUUCCUGCGAGUACAGAGUAUGCUAUUUCAAAAAGUGGAGCUGGACAGUUGGAUCUUCUAAUAUUGGAUUCAUUGUAUAGGACUGGGUCACAUAACGUUCACCUUUGUUUUCCACAGACUCUUGAAACUGUUAAGAGGUUGUGUCCGAAGCAAACCCUUUUGAUUGGAAUGACUCAUGAGUUUGAUCACCACAAGGACAAUGAGUUUUUGAAAGAAUGGUCUAAAAGGGAAGGAAUUCCGGUGCAGCUUUCCCGUGAUGGUUUGAGAGUCCCCAUAAACUUAUAACAGUGGAAGUUAUCCUCUUGCAGGGUAAAGCAAGCGACGAUGUAUAACAUAUACAGUUGAUCUUAUUUAGAUUCGUUGGAGCCUGAAUAUUUUCACAGAUGCUCAGUUUUUGCAGCAAUUCUAGGAACCGCCAGUUUUGCUAGUUGGCGGCAUUUGUGAAUGUGACACACUUGUAACUUAUACUAGAAAUCUUAAUUUUUUCAGUUAAACUCUUGAAAUCUGUAUUAGAACAAUUUUUAUUGCAAAAUUGGAUAGCAGCGACUGAGUAUUAAGAGCUAAAAAAUAUCACCUGUACUGUAUCCUAAGACUCUUUUGAAGGGUCACGUUAUGCGCCACUAAUCUCAUGACUAGAGAUGAAGGGCCCUUUGUUUUGAUUUCUUUUAAAAAUAAUUUUUAUAGUGUUAUAUAAUUUUUAUGUAAAAAAAGUUUACAAAGAAGUUCUUUAUAAAAAAUUU